GUCCACUUCCGGGUCAUGUCCAGCGCAUUUCCGUUCGCUGGUGAGCGUGCCGAAAAGACGCCGGAGACUUUCUCUCGCCUUUCUUUCUUUUGAGACGCCAGUUCCCGUUUUGAUCUGAUCUAAUCGCAGAUAACUGUCAGUUAUAGAAGCGACCAGAUGGCGACAACAAAGAGUCAACGUGAUGAUGUUGGCAGAGGUUCGGUUGGAGGGUUUGUCAACACUCUUCAUAGGUGUGAGGAGUGCAGCAAAGAGUUCAGUAGACCUGGUAGUCUGAAGAUUCACAUGCGGACUCACACGGGGGAGAAACCCUACAGGUGUGAGGAGUGCAGCAAGCAGUUCAGAGAGCUGGGUCAUCUAAAGACUCACAUGCGUACUCACACAGGGGAGAAACCCUACACGUGUGAGGAGUGCAACAGGCAGUUCAGUCAACUGAGUGCUCUGAAGACUCACACGCGCACUCAUACAGGUGAGAAGCCCUACAGGUGUGAGGAGUGCAGCAGGCAGUUCAGCACAACGGUUCAUCUCAAGAUACACUUGCGGAUUCACACAGGUGAGAAACCCUACAAGUGUGAAGAGUGCAGCAGGCAGUUCAGUCAGUUGAGUCAUUUAAAGCAACACAUGCGGAUUCACACAGGGGAGAAGCCAUACAGUUGUGAGGAGUGCUGUAAGCAGUUCGGCACAGCACGUAAUCUGAACAUUCACUUCAGGACUCACACAGGUGAAAAACCCUUCACGUGUGAGGAGUGCAGCAGGCAGUUCAGAACUCAGGGUCAUCUAAAGAGCCACAUGCGGACUCACACAGGGGAGAAACCCUACAGUUGUGAGGAGUGCAGCAAGCAGUUCAGUCAACUGUGUGCUCUGAAGGCUCACAUGCGCACCCACACAGGGAAGAAACCUUACAGUUGUGAGGAGUGCAGCAUGAAGUUCAGUCAGCUUGGUGAUCUAAAAAAACACAUGCGGACUCACACAGGGGAAAAGCCCUACAGAUGUGAGGAGUGCAGCAAGCAGUUCCGUUACUUGGAUUAUCUGAAGAUUCACAUGCGUACUCACACUGGGGAGAAACCCUACAGGUGUGAGGAGUGCGGUAGGCAAUUUAGUCAGCUGAGUCAUCUGAAAAGUCAUGUGCAAACUCACACAGGGGAGAAACCCCACAAGUGUGAGGAGUGCAACAAGCAGUUCAGUCAGCUGGGUGAACUGAAGAUUCACAUGCGGACUCACACGGGGGAGAAACCCUACAGGUGUGAGGAGUGCAGUAGACAGUUCAGUCAGCUUAGUAAUCUAAAGAGCCAUAUGCAUACUCACAAUGGGAAGAAACCCUACAGGUGUGAGGAGUGCAGCAGGCAAUUCAGCAGGCUGGAAUAUCUAAAGAGCCACAUGCGGACUCACACAGGAGAGAAACCCUACAGGUGUGAGGAGUGCAGCAGGCAGUUCAGUCAGCUGGGUCUUCUGAAGAGACACAUGCUGACUCACACAGGGGAGAAACCCUUUACGUGUGAGGAGUGCAGCAAACAGUUCAGUAGACUGGAUGCUAUGAAGAAUCACAUGAAAAAACACGUGUGACAGAUUCUCGGGAAAGAUUGAUAUACCCCAAAUGUUUGUUUCUUAGUUCAGUUCAUGCUUCUUGCCACAAUGUUCAUGCUGUUUGCUACACUACCAUCGGUUAUGAAUAGCUAAUAUUUGCUAUUAUUAUACUGCAUACUACACUCAAACCUUCAAGGCUCUUCUGAUUUACUUUGAAUGUAAAACUAAUCUGAAAAAAUAAGUACCAUUAUCCUAGUCUUAAGACAAACCUUGUUUGGUUAGUUUUCUUCCUAUGUUGUUUUUAGUUAAAGUGUGAUAGUAUGAUGAAGAGGCUUGUUGACAUUGUUGGGUUCCCUUGCUUUCUCCGCAUACGAGGUUCUUUACGGUAGCUGCAGAGAUAUUAGGCACGGGGUUACGUUAAUUUACUUUCAUUCCGUUACAUAAAUACGGACUUAACUGUAGCACUUCAGAGCCAUCUCAUCUGUUGCUUUUUGAUAAUGUAGCUAUAGAUAAAGUAGGCACAGGGUUACAUACUGAAUUUUAUAUCUAUAUAGGUUGGGAUGUUUCCAUGUAUCCUGUAUGCACUUGUAUAUCUAUUCAGCUCUAACAAUUUCUUUUCAAAACACUUUAUCUAUUUUUCAUAUGAUAGCAGCUUUGUUGCGAUAGUUUGCGAGAUGUUAUAGUGUACGUUUAAGAGGUUUACUUACUAACGAUAACGUCUAAAACUGUAACUGUGGAGAUGAUAGACACUUAGUAAUGUCCAUUUAGGGCCCUUCUUUUACAGUUGCCCGCGUGGUUUAUUCUGUUGCAGUCCAGGUUUGAUUGUAGCAUUGUUACUAA